UGGACUCGUUAGAUUCAAGCCCGCUCCUGCUGGAGUUUCUCCAGCGUUCUCUCUUUUUCCCGUCUCCUUUCCCUCUCCCUGCCCUUAGCAGAGCCCACGGCUCCGAAAUGUGAUAUGAGCCGCCUGUCUUCCAGAAGCUUCAUCAAGCUUCACGCUCUAUUUCAGUUUGCCCUCGCAGCCUACCUGACUUGGUCACCAGAAGUCAUAACGGACUCGGGCCUAGUCUACUACGUUCAAGAUGAGCUGAAAAUCUUCGACAUCCCACCUUUCAGCCGUCCCCGCUCCCCCUUUGCCUUAUGCGGCAUCCUCCUCCUCAUCUUCGCGCUUGUUGACCUGACCCUGGCCAUCAAACUGCCUGCCCUGAACCGCAUCCUCACAAUUGCCCACUGCAUCCGCCGCGACGCCGCCGCCGCCGCCGCACGCCAGCCGCGAACCGAGGGGCAACUCGCGGGGGAGCCGGACCCCAGCGUGACAGACGCGGCAGUCAAGGUCGCGACGGAAUUCACAUCACUAUAUGUCCAUCUAUGCAUGCUACUAACCACCCUGCGCUUCUGGAUCUUCUUCUUUGUCUCGUUGAAAGUUUACUUCUCGCCAGAGAGCGUGUGGGCGGGGAAGGUCGGGCUUGCUGCGCUCGACUCGGUAGGUAACCCUACCGCCGCUGCCGCUGCCGCUCCUGGUGGUGUGAAGAUGACGUUGGUGGAGGAAUUGAAGAGUAAGAUUGUGCUGGGAUAUGGGGUCAUGGAGAUAAUGUUCUCUUGCUGGUUCUUCAUCGCCCUCAAUGACGAGCGCCGUGCGACAGAGUACAAGCAUCGAUCUCUGGUCUCUGGAAUUUUAUAACUUUGGCCGGUGCAUUGCCAGAGCGACUGGCAUGUCCCGACGGAUGUCACAUACGCCCCGAUCUAGAGCGAUAAAGAGAUCCCGCUGAAUACAAGUAUCGACGGAAUAUGUACGACCUACGGAUAGUCUUAAAACCAUCACCCGCGUACUCCGGAAUUCCCAACACGGAGUAUUGACCGAGGAACGAAAACCACUCUAAAUUUACCAAUCGCAGUUUUUAUUAACUACCAUACUGGUAAAUUCUCAAUGGUUUGUUGCUUAUGUCGGAAGUAGAUCCCGGCGCGUCGUAUCUACCAAGAUUAUUCAUUCGGAUGACAAGGAACCGACAACGCGGGAUAUUUCUUGUAAUUUCUUGGUAAGGCUAGCGGGCAAUUGAAACUAUUAAAACAAAGCCUUUUGAAAAAA